AUGAAUGAUAACAGUGCGAUCUCGUCGGAUCAUUCAUCGACAUUCUUCUCACCGGAUGGAGUGUACGGAGUCAAGUCGCUUCUCAAUGACUGUAAUGACGCUCCUUUGGCCACUUCCUCACCUAUACCUCCCUCCUCAUCAACAUCACCAACAACCUCUUAUUUGCACAAUCAAUCGGUUCGUCCCUCAACAUCGCAAAUGAUGUCAGUAGCACCCGCAGUACCUUCAAGAACCACCGCAACCUCACCGAUCAGCAGUAACACGAGUUGCAGUCGUCCUGUUCCGCCACCAGUUGCACCUAAACCGAAACUAACAACUCAUAAACAGAAUGGUGGAAUUCUUAAUGAAAUUGUACCGCUUGCUUCGUUAGAUGAUCAACUUGAUUCUGAAAAAACCGUCAUGGCAUCUUCUCAGGUGUCAACCCCGUCAACACCGAACUCAAAUCCUGAACGAAUGGCAUUUUCGUCGAAAUUGAAAAAAUUUGAACGUGAAAUCGAAAUCAAAAGGACCACCUCACCGUCGACUGCGACUGCACCGCUUUUACCCGGUGAGAAUAAUGAACUCUACGUUAACUUUCAUAGACGAUCCGUUCGUUCAUCGUUGAUUUAA